GUUCCUGCGCAAAUGUUACAUUCAAAUCGCCAGAAAGCCAGCGGCUAAAAGCACACUGAGCCUCAUGACGACAAACAUGACUUGAUGACGAACAGCCUGUCACGAACAUAGAGGGGUUGCACAAGGCGACAAGAGAGAGGAUGGACCCCUGCGUGUCCGUGCCUGUCGCGGCUUUUCGCUCCUAGAAACCUGGGGGAAAGCAAGAAGUUGGGCAGCUAGCUCAGAAUGGGCAGGGUCUGCUCUGCAUAAUGCAGCUUUACUAGCAUGUUAGGUAUUUCGGGUUUUAGCAAGAGGGCAUUGUCUGUAAAGUGUAGCAGUUAAAAGAGUUUUCCGAAAGUGACAGUUUUCGCCACGGUAGACACAAUGGCAUGUAGCUCAUGAGGUGCUAGCAUGAGGAAGAAUAAAAUGACACGUAAAAAGCGAGUAUGUUAGCAGAAAAUGCAUUGCACUUAAACUGGCAUUAAGAAAUCCUGGCAUAGUUUGACUACUAAAACGCCGACAACUAUGAGCUGGUGAUGUAAGAGUUCUUAGGUGUCCAUCUUAAUCGCCUGAAGAACAACUGCUAGCUGUCUGGUCAAUCACGUCUCAAAACGCUGAGCGAAAUGGAAUGCAGGGUACUGUCCAUUCAGAGUCAUGUUGUCAGGGGAUACGUCGGUAACAAGUCCGCUUCAUUUCCAUUGCAGGUCCUUGGAUUUGAAGUGGACUCUGUAAACUCUGUGCAAUUUUGCAAUCAUACAGGUUAUGCACACUGGAAAGGACAGGUAUUGACAGCAGAUGAACUCCAUGUUCUAUAUGAAGGUCUUAAACUUAACAAUGUGAACCAUUAUGAUUAUGUACUGACUGGCUACACAAGAGAUACUUCCUUCCUAGAGAUGGUUGUUGACAUAGUUCAAGAGCUGAAGAGAGAAAACCCUAAUCUUGUUUAUGUUUGUGAUCCAGUUUUAGGUGACCAUGGGUCAAUGUAUGUCCCAGAAAAUCUCUAUCCGGUUUAUAAAGAGAAAGUCGUUCCAGUGGCUGAUAUCAUUACUCCAAACCAGUUUGAAGCUGAGUUGCUUACUGGAAGGAAAAUUAGUACAGAAAAAGAAGCUCUUGAGGUCAUGGAUGUUCUGCAUUCAAUGGGGCCAGAUACUGUUGUGAUUACAAGUUCAGACUUGCCUUCCUCUUUAGGUGAAAAUUACCUGAUUGCACUUGGAAGUCAUUUACAAAUUAAACGUGAUGGUACUAAAGAGAAGCAAAGAAUUCGAAUGGAAAUUCCCAAAGUGGAUGCUGUUUUUGUUGGUACUGGGGAUUUGUUUGCUGCUGUGUUGCUGUCUUGGACACACCUCCAUCCAAAUGAUUUUAAGAUGGCCUGUGAGAAAACAUUUUCAGUUAUGCAUCAUGUCUUACAAAGGACUAUCUCAUGUGCAAAAGCCAUGGCAGGACCAGGAAAUAAGCCUUCAGCCUCUCAGUUGGAGCUUCGCAUGGUCCAGAGCAAGAAGGACAUUGAGAAUCCUGAAAUUGUUAUACAUGCAACUGUGUUAUAAGUCACACAUCAGCCUCUAAUAUCGCACAAUGUAAAGCUGUUGUACAUUUAAUCUGUAAUGUGAUAUAUGCCUUAGAUCUAUUACAGAGCACAACAUUUCCAUAAUUUAGUGAGCAGAGAAAGGCAAGAAUGGUACUUUUAAGUACAAAAGAAAUACUAAUGAUAAGGGAGAUAGUGUUUCCUUUUCUCAGGCAUCUUCUAUGCUACUUCCAGAGCUGUAAUAACCUGUUAUUUCACAGCUAAACUCAAGCUAAUUUAAAAUAAAUAUAUAAAUAUAUAUACAUAUAUAAAUAAACAAUUUAAAUUACAUGACCAUAUAUAGAUUUUUCUAGUUUCAUAAAAACUAUGCUGCUUCAUGUAAAUAUUAAAUAUUAUAGCCUCUAUCUUUUUUAAUUGAUUAAAGCCUGCAAUCAGUUCUGCUUCUUUAGUAUUAAAUACCCUGACAGCCAUGAGCCAUGCACAAUUUCUGUUUAACACAUCUACUUGAAUACUUUACAGUUCAGUUGGUAGAACAAGUCACACAAAUAAUCUUGCCUUCAGAUUCUCAUCUUUUUUUCGUUUUAUGUAGGCAAACGAUUAUUUAAGGGAAGAGUAACACAUUUUGUUGUUGCUUCAGGGUGUAUAAGACAUGUGACAUUCCACACUGUACUUUCCUGAGAUGCUUACCAUUUUGAAAUAGAAAUGUGCUUAAUGUAUAAUGGUGUACCGGGCAAAGUAGACUAUAAGAAGCAGAAUUAGCUUCUUGUUUAAACAUAUUUCUAAGUCAAAAUUACAGGACUUUUUUAAAUAGAUGAUUGUAAUAACUGUCCAAAUUAUUAUCUUUUUUAUUAUGUAGAAAUUUUAAUGUUUAAAUGAUCAGAUACCUUCAUUUUGUAUUGUAAUUACUGCUUGGUACAAUUACAUUAUUCUUGUUGCAGGAGAUGUUCAUUAAUCAAAUACUUGACUGAUCUUUUAUUUCUAAGAUUUUUGUAACCUUCACAUUUUUCUGUAGUGAUACAUGAAGAGUAGCAAAGACUGGAGCUAUUUUUACAUUUCUUUGGCCAGUCAUGAGGUAAAAAGGUAUGACUACCUGACCAUUACAACAUUCUUUAUACACUAGUAAUCCCUGUAUUGGGAAUGACAGAAUCAGCCAUUACAUCAAUCAACAGAGAAGAUCCAUUUCCAAUUAGCGCAGUUUUUGCUGGAAUAAUUUAGGCGUUUUAACCAUGACACAAUUAAUGGUCUAAUGUUGAUAACAUAAGUAGGGUUUGAGAAUCCUGUUCACAUUGGAGUACAUUUAAAAUGGUAUUUUAAUACUACUGCUAUUAAAUUUUGCAGCAUUUGACCAUAUUCUUUUUUCAUUUGUCUCACAUACCAGGUACACAAAUAUUAGUGAUUUCUAUCACUUUUCUUCAGCGAGAAUAUGCAUUAUUUUUAAUUUCUUUUAGUUAUUUGCCUAGGCAUUAUGGAUACAUGAUUCAGUUUUGUUAAAUUAACUAUAACAGAGAUUUUUAUCUUUAUUGGAGAAUACUGUGGUACUUAUUUAUUUAUGUAGAACUAAAAUUUUAUAUGUGGGCUGCAGUUAGAGAAAAUAUAUUUAAAAAUCCUGAGAAAACAUGGAUCUUGUUUUCUGCAUAUGUAAGUCACUUUAUUGGAGUGCCAUUGUAGGUUAGGAUUCGUUUUAUAUGCUUUGUGAAGCCAUUUGUUCUCCAGUUCCAUAAAAUGGCUAUUGUUUUAUUAAGUUUCUGUGUAGGUUUGUCAAUAUUAGGCACAUCCUAAUUCUGUUUCAUCAACAUUCAUUCAGAUCAAGGGGUUGUUUGCACAGACUACCUUUAAUUUAAUGUCCUGUAUUGUAUCUUUAAUUAUUAUUUUGUGUAUUGAUUAAUCAGAUUUAAAAAUUAAAGUUAACUAAGAACAUUGAUAAUAAUAGCGAGUCUAAUCCUCAAAAUAUUAAAUUCUAACAACUAAAUAAGCUACACUAAAUACAAACCAUAUCAAUCUUUAUUUUGCUAAAAUAUUUAUUUUCGGAGGCUUUAAUAGCAUCAACAAUUAAUUGAAAAUUGAUGUUAAUAAUAUUGUUUAUAGCCAAGAAAAAUAGGUUAUUGCAACUCUGAAACACACUGUGUUCUCCAUUGCUUUCUGUGAGCUAGUGUACUGUAAUUUCUUUGUUUGAGAUGUGUCUUUUUUGUUAUUUGGUUAUGAGUGGGGGAAUAGGGUUUGAAGAUUUUCAGGUAAAAAUGUAUUAUUAAUACCUGAAUAUCAAAAAAUGCACUUGCAUUUUAAUGAGAACUUCCUCCUUUGCUUGAAAAGACAAACCAAAAGAAGGUUUUAACAUGCCAGCUGCUGCCUGUUGUAUAGAUCUUCUUGAACCCUGCUGCCAACUGUGAAAAUGGUAAAAUGAUACUGUGUACUUCCCUUUGUGAUUUUUGUAUUGUUGGGUUCUUCAAUUUCAAAGUUUUCUUUUUGGGACUGAUAUACAAAAAACGUGUUAAUGGUUAUCUCAAUCAGGGUACUACUUAAUAUCAACACAGUUAGGGUGAUCACAUAUGCGUCAAACAAAAAUUGUUCCAUCAUAUUUUGUUUUAAAUUUUAUGGUAAGUUGGAAAUGGCGUAUUUUUAAGAUUAUUAUUAUUAUUGACAGUCAUGAAAAUAUAAAAGACAUAAUUGCUUUUAGCUUCUGACCGAUGGCUGUGGCACACUGAAACAAAGUUAACAAAUCAUUUAGCAUAAUUUACAUUAAACGCAAGUUAUGCUAUGAUUAUUCUGAGACUACAUUGGAGCAAUAUAAAAGUAACAGAACUGAACAUAGUCUUAUACUUUUCAACAUGAAGUCACACAUUACAGAAAAUAUUUUAAGCACUGUAUAAUAAAACAUUUUGUCAUUUACAUAAAACAUUGCACAGUUUUUUAAACCUGUGAAGUCAUUGGAAUGAUCUCCAGCUAAGGCUGUUCCAGAAGCAUGUCCCUAUAUUUAUCUUAAAGUUACUAUAUAUGUUGUCUCUUAGAAUAAAAUGUCAUACAUUUUAUAGUAAUAGAUGACGUAUGCACACUACCUUUAGACGAUUUAAGUGCAAGGCCAGCUCACACAUUACACAAAAUUAGCAGAAGAAUGAAGUGAGAGGCCUGGAAGUCUUCACAUGACAGAUAUGUGAGACUGAAAUUGGGAACAUGACCAUUUAAUGAUCUACAUUUUGUUUUAAAUACAUUGCCAAUGGAGCUUAAUGUUAGUGAGGUAUUUUAAGCAAAUCUAUUUCAUUUCAGAGUAAUAUUUAAAUUUAGAUUCAUACUAAAAUAAAUGGCCUAAGAUGUCCAAAGUCUUAGACCUGUUAGGCUGCCUGUUGGAGUAGAAGAGAAGAAAAAUAAAAACUAGCUUUCUCCACUUUCAGUUACGUCACCAUAAUCAUGCAAUUGUAUGGAUAUGCAUUACAUGUUGACUCUGCCACAGCAGGAAAUUCGUUGUUUUGUAUGCCUGAAAAGCAAUAAUCACUCUGAGGUCCUGGACUAGCCAGGGUCUGUCCUGUAUACAAAUGGAAGAAAAAUAGUGUCAAGUCCAGUGUGAAGCAGCCUUCAGCCAAAAGCACUUUCAGGAUGAGCCGUUAAAAUACUGUAUGUUGAGAAUAAUUUCAGACUUUUUCUGAUUUCUAUCUUUAUUCAUUUUUUUUAUCAUUGCUAAUUAUGCUAAACAUUAAUUUCUUGUUAAUUAUGUUCUUAUAAAGACUUAAAUAAGCUCUGUUAAAAAUGUUUUUUCCCUACUUUGAUUUAAAUGGUGCAAAUUUCUUAAUCACAAUUUUAUAUGAGCAAAUGGAGUUUUAUUGUUUAGUAAACUACUAAAUUUUAUUUUUCUUGAUGCUGGGGUGCCUUUUGUCUACAACAGUGAGUACCAUUGAUUGAGAAAGUUUCUAGAUGUCGGGAUAAUUAACGUAAAGCCAGCUGUGUGCCAAAACAGAUGCGUCUGAUUUUGCUUAUUCAAAUUGAAUUUAAUCAAAGGCAACUUUAAUAAAAUUUCUUAAGCAGCUUGGUUUUUGUCUUCCCAUAUGAGUAAUUCAGAUUCUUAGUGUUUUUCAAUAUGUACUUGAUUUUCAUAUGUUGUUAGAAUUUACUAAAUGUGACACAUUUUUAAAGUGAUAUCCUACCCCUUUGUGAAAUCUGUGGGAGCUAGCUAGUCAUGAUAGCUGAUUCAGGACAAUUGGCUUUCUAUUGUACAUUUUCGUUAAAGAAAAUUAUCACAAUUAGGUGAGGAAUGGAAAAGGCACUUGUGUGUUUUGCUGUGUUCAAGUGAAAAAUCCUCUACUAUUGUUAUAUGUGCUAAUAUAAAGUCGAGGGGAAUCCCCUCCUUUCACCUUCACCUCUGUAAUUGUGUCAAAAGAGUGAUUUUUUAUUUUUCAAAUGAAGAAAAGUAUUUGAUUGUCUGGUAAAGUUUUUAGUGACCUGGUUUUUGAGUCUUAAAUAUUUUAUAACAUGUUACACUUGAAGAUUGUAGUGUACAAAUCCGCAUUUCUUAAAAUGUAUGUUAUAAUGCAAUAAAUAAUUAUAUUACAUA